CGACAGACUUCAAACACAAUCCGGAUGGCUGAUUAAACACAACCUCAUCAUUGGAUCAUAAUGGGGGUACUUAAUUGAGGUACGAGUAUCCACCUGCAACCGGACGAAUGGGAUGCAGCCAGACGCGCCUGCAUCCGCCAGAAUGCGGGGAAAGCUUCAGAGACCAGAAGGUUAAAGCCGUAAGCUUGUGACAGCUCGCGCGACCUCAGUUCACACCACCUACCUCUUGUUCGAUAGAUACUGCUGAAAUUAUGGCGUCUGGCUGGUUCAGCUCGUCGUCAAGCGACCCGACGCGUCCUCCUGACGUCCGCUUCCAGGUCGCUGAAGAGAAACCUCACGGUUUAUACCUGCAGCCCAGCUCUGGUGGUUCGAGAUCCGCCACGAACCGCUCAGCGACGCCGACAUCUUCGGCUUACGUGGAUACAACUCACUCCAAGACGCAUGUUCACAAUGCUUCACUCUUCGACGUAGGCAUCUUGAAGGACACGCUUGUCCCUUCGCUCACCCUACACUCUGGUCUGGCUCUCAUCGCAUAUGGGGCUGCACGAUACACAAACCGCGUUGAAGCCAAGGACUGGCUUUGGCCGAGCGGUCAGGUUGUGAACGCUUGGUGGUCAGCUGUUGGACGCCGUCUCGCUCAAGGCUACACAGUUUCCCAGGCAUUCAGUCGUCUAUCAUGGCACGAGCGUGUUAUCCUUACCGGUGUCACACUAUGGGGAGGACGUCUCUUCUACCGUAUCGUUCGCCGCUCCCUUCAGCGAGGUGAGGACGAUCCGCGAUAUGCCGAGGUCAAGAAGGAGGAAGGCUUCUGGAACAGUGCUCUGUUCAAGGUUUUCGUUCCUGAGGCUUUCUUCCAGAUGCUCAUUAGUCUUCCAUUUACCGCGCCGUUCCGACACGAAGGUGCUGUUAUGACAGGUUACCAUCCCUUCGUUCAGAUGUUUGCCGUCGGAUUGUUUUCAUCUGGUCUGGCUUUGGAGACACUCGCCGACUACCAGCUGGACCAGUUCAAGGCAGAGGGCAACAAGGGCAUUAUGCGCGAGGGAGUAUGGAGCAUUGUCCGCAACCCCAACUACCUCGGCGACGCCCUCGUACACAUAUCAUUCAUCGUCAUGCUCUACGGUUCCGAUAUGCUCGCUCCUGUCGAACUCUUAGGUCCCGCCGCAAACUAUGCCUUCCUCCGCUUCUUUGGCGGCGAUGCCGAGAAAGAGAAACAUCAAGAGCGUCGAUACUCUGCUUCUCAACCCGACAAGUUCCGCGAGUUGGAGAAGUUCAGGGCUGACAAGAAUGCUUUCUGGCCAAGCGUUGAUGAGCUAAGCAACAAGUGGCUAUGGACUGUGCUGGGCGUUGGAGGAUUGGGUAUUGCAGUUGAGCAAACGCUUAGGGCACUACACUAGGUCUUACAAUCUCAAUGUGAGGAAGUGCCGUCUGAGCGGAUGGC